UUGAUGCAGCCAACGCUCUGGAGCAAGAAACUAAACUGGGGUUACGACGCUUUGAAGUUUGUGACAACAUUGAUCUUGAAACUAUUUUGAUGGAAUAUGAGAGCUAUUAUUUUGUAAAAUUUCAAAAAUACCCCAAAAUUGUCAAAAAGGCAUCAGACACAGGAGAAAAUAAUUUACCGCAGAGAAGUGGAGGGAAGAACAGAAGGAUGAUGAGCGACAGUUGUCAAAAUCUUCCCAAGAUCAGUCAGCAGAGGCCACGGUCCAAAACCACAGCAGCGAAGACAGGGGACACCAAAUCUCUCAAUACGGAGCUUCCUAAACAGGAGGUUGUCAACCCUCGCAUGGAGAGUGCUGACUUUGGCUUAAAUAUAUCAAGAAUCAACAAAGACAAUGGAGAGGAAAACACCCACCUACGUAGAGGCCCAACUAUUGACUUCCGAGGGCUGCUCACAGAUGCUAUCAAAGGAGAAACCGGUGAACCUACCUUGAACACCUUUGACUGUAACCCAGACCCCUCGGAACGAUUGCUGAAACCUCUGAGUGCAUUUAUUGGCAUGAACAGUGAGAUGCGAGAAUUGGCAGCCGUGGUGAGCCGGGACAUUUAUCUCCGUAAUCCAAACAUAAAGUGGAAUGACAUUAUUGGACUCGAUGCAGCCAAGCAGUUAGUCAAAGAAGCUGUUGUGUAUCCUAUAAGGUAUCCACAGCUGUUUACAGGAAUUCUUUCUCCCUGGAAAGGACUACUGCUUUAUGGCCCUCCAGGUACAGGAAAGACUUUACUGGCCAAAGCUGUGGCCACUGAAUGCAAAACAACCUUCUUUAACAUUUCCGCAUCCACCAUUGUCAGCAAAUGGAGAGGGGAUUCAGAAAAACUUGUUCGGGUGUUAUUUGAACUUGCCCGCUAUCAUGCCCCCUCCACCAUCUUCCUGGACGAGCUGGAGUCAGUGAUGAGUCAGAGAGGCACGGCUCCUGGGGGAGAACAUGAAGGAAGCCUUCGGAUGAAGACAGAGUUACUGAUGCAGAUGGAUGGGUUGGCUUGCUCAGAAGAUCUUGUGUUUGUCUUAGCAGCUUCUAACCUGCCAUGGGAGCUGGACUGUGCCAUGUUACGCCGCCUGGAGAAGAGGAUUCUGGUUGAUCUUCCCAACCCGGAAGCCAGGCAGGCCAUGAUCCACCACUGGCUGCCCCCUGUGUGCAAAAGCAGAGCCCUGGAGCUGCGCACGGAGCUGGAGUACAGAGUGUUGAGCCAGUUGUGCUGUUACUGUUGUGUUUUUUAUCUAGAUAGCAGCAAUUUACCUGAGAUCCAGUUGGAUACAGUGACCACUGCUGACUUUUUGGAUGUGCUAGCUCAUACCAAACCCUCAGCAAAGAAUCUGACUCAGAAAUACUCAGCCUGGCAAAGAGAGUUCGAAUCUGUUUGAAAUCACAUUUACCCUGACCUGGACACACAGGUAACCACAGAGGCCUCCUAGUUUAUUAGUGUAAGUGGGAGAAGAAUACGAUGAUUGGAAUAGAAAAGGGAAAAUUAUUCUGGAAGAUGGGAUUCAUUUGGACAACUGUAUUUUUUGGAAAUUUGAGAUAUUUUCAUGAGAGAUGUCAGCAAAAUUAUUGAAGAUUUCAAUUACAUGUAUAUGUGCAAUGGAUAUUUUUCUCACAA